CGCAAACGGGCGCGAUGCGCUUCAAGGCGUCAAUUCACAACCUUAUCAAAUUGACCCGAUUCGUUGCUUCAUUGUCAUCCCUUGGAAAAGUUGCUUGGGUUCGACUGAACGACGAGGAAGUUCGCUUUACCGUGAUACCUGAACAGGGUACCCAAGUAUGGGCAGUUCUCUCAAUUGACAGCAUUUUUGAAACAUACUCCAUCCAGUCUGCCUCUCCGAACAACACUAUCAAUCUCGAAGUCCCUCUUCAGCCUCUACAAAAAGCACUACGCUCCGCUAUAUCCGCAGUCUCUACAAACAUCCGCCUGACGAAGAAGAAUGGCAUUCCGUUGCUCUCCCUCACAAUCGUUACGACUAGUUACAGCGGGAAUCCAGCCGGGAACUUCAACACGCUACCAUUACCUACUCAAAGCCAAGCUAAUCCGACGUCCGAUGCGGCGGGAAAUACAAGCGCACCUAAUGUUGGCGGGGAGCAAGAUUUCGGUCUCGCCCCCGGAGAUCCCUACCGCGAGCGGGAGAUAACCAUUAUGCAGGACGUUCCCGUGCGUGUGCUCAGUGCUGCCACCGUGCAAGGUCUCCACGAGCCAAGGUGUCGGGAACCAGAUGUACAUAUACUUCUUCCGCCGCUACUUCAGCUGAAGAGCAUUUCGGAUCAUUUCACCAGACUUUCCUCGGCAACCAUGAAAUCCUCAGUAUUAAAUGGAGGGGCAAGUACCGCGUCGGCGAUGCAAACAAGCGGACCUGGCCCAAAGCUGGAGCUCUCCGCAAAUAUGCAUGGAUGUCUAAGACUCAGUAUUUCAACAGAUGCCUUGAGCAUCUCUUCUGUAUGGAGAGAUUUGGCGAACCCUGAUCUCGAUCCAUCGCAGUAUGAAGGUGGUGAGGAAGGCCUCCGUCAGCAUCCUACCGCAAGAAUGAGGAUGAUGGGUGGAGAUAGUGAAGAAAGCUGGGCAAAAGUACGCAUUGACGGCAAGGACUGGAGUAGAGUCCUUUCCGUCGGAAGGAUGGGAGGACGUGUCAUUGCUUGUUUCUGCCACAAUCACGCCCUCAUUCUUUACGUAUACCUGCCCAACGAAGACGAUCUCGCAGAAGAGUCCGUUCUAACUUACUAUAUCAGCUCAUACAGCGUCUAA